AAAAUAACCGUUUCUUUAAUUAAGAGGAAUUAACACUAAUGUCUUUGCGUGGCAGGGCUGAUUCUUUUUCUUAGAAACUCAAAUUCUUGAUUCUGAGAUCAAAAGGAGGUUUAAGGAUGGAUAAUGCUAUGGACAUGAGUUCAGGUAGUGAUGAAGAAGUACAAGAAGAGGAGACCACCGUUAACGAGAGAGUCAUCUAUCAGGCUGCAUUACAAGAUCUGAAACAACCCAAGACGGAAAAGGAUCUACCUCCUGGUGUUCUUACAGUUCCUCUUAUGAGGCAUCAGAAAAUUGCAUUGGAAUGGAUGCGUAAGAAAGAAAAAAGAAGCAGGCAUUGUUUGGGAGGGAUAUUAGCAGAUGAUCAGGGACUUGGUAAAACAAUAUCGACCAUCUCUCUUAUUCUAUUGCAAAAGUUGAAGUCACAAUCAAAGCAGAAAAAACGAAAAAGUCGAAAAUCUGGUGGUACAUUAAUAGUUUGUCCAGCAAGUGUUGUUAAGCAAUGGGCAAGAGAAGUUAAAGAGAAGGUUUCUGAUGAACACAAGCUCUCUGUUUUAGUCUACCAUGGAUCUCGCAGAACCAAAGAUCCUAAAGAAUUAGCAAAACAUGAUGUCGUCGUGACAACUUACGCCAUUGUUACAAAUGAAGUUCCACAAAACCCUCUGCUGAAUCUUUAUGAUAGUAAGAGUAAUAAGAGAGGCAGAGAAAACUUUGAAGGAUCGAGUCUGCUUCAGUCUCACGUUGGUGCACUAGGAAGAGUUAGGUGGUUGAGAGUAGUAUUAGAUGAAUCUCAUACAAUUAAAAACCAUAGAACCUUAAUUGCAAAAGCUUGUUUCAGUCUUAGAGCCAAAAGAAGAUGGUGUCUGACUGGAACGCCGAUACAGAACAAAGUAGACGAUCUUUAUAGCUAUUUCAGGUUUCUUAGAUAUCAUCCGUAUGCCAUGUGCAAUUCAUUUCACCAAAGAAUAAAAGCUCCAAUUACUAAAAACCCUCUUUAUGGUUACAAGAAGCUUCAAGCUAUCCUAAGGGGAAUAAUGUUGCGCCGCACCAAAGGAACAUUACUUGAUGGACUACCUAUAAUUAAUCUACCACCAAAGCAAGUUAAUUUGAGCAAAGUGGACCUUUCAGUAGUAGAAUGGUCUUUCUACAGGAAGCUUGAAUUGUAUUCACGUUUGAAGUUCGAGGAAUAUGCUGCUGAUGGGACUUUGCAUGAACACAUGGCUUAUCUUUUGCUGAUGCUUUUACGACUACGCCAAGCUUGUAACCAUCCACAACUUGUUAAAGGAUAUAGUCACUCAGAUACUAUUAAAGAAAUGUCAGAUGAAGUUAAAGUAGCACCUAGAGAGGAUUUUAUCAUGCACCUUGAUCUCUUGAAAUUAUCCUCUACCAUCUGCUCUGUUUGUAGUGAUCCACCAAUAGACCCUGUUGUUACUUUAUGUGGUCAUGUGUUUUGCUAUGAGUGUGUGUCUGGAAACAUUAAUGGGGAUGACAAAACGUGCCCUGCACUUAAUUGCUGCAACGAGCUUAAACAUGAUGUUGUUUUCACUGAAUCUGCAGUUAGAAGUUGCAUCAACGAUUAUGAUGAUCCUCAAGAUAAAAAAGCUUUAGUUUUGCUUCAAGGCGAGUUUAUUUCAUCGAAAAUCAAAGCUGUGAUAGAGAUUCUUCAGUCGCUUGCACAGCAAGGCAGUCCAGACACUCCACCAAUAAAGACAAUAGUGUUCUCUCAGUGGACUGGUAUGCUUGACUUUGUUGAGCAUUCUUUUCUCCAAAACCGUAUAAAUUUCAGAAGAUUAGAUGGUACAAUGUCUCUAGUAACAAGAGAUAUAGCUGUAAAAGAAUUCAACAAUGAUCCAGAUGUUCAAGUGAUGCUGAUGUCUCUUAAAGCUGGAAACCUUGGAUUGAAUAUGGUAGCUGCAUGUCAUGUUAUUCUAUUGGAUCUUUGGUGGAAUCCAACAACUGAAGAUCAAGCUAUUGAUCGAGCUCAUCGUAUCGGACAAACUCGGACUGUUACAGUUACUCGUAUUGCCAUCAAAAAUACCGUUGAGGAACGAAUUUUGACUCUUCAGGAACGUAAAAGGAACAUUGUUGCAUCUGCAUUGGGUGAAAAACAUGGUAAAAGUUCUGCGAUUCAACUAACACUAGAGGAUCUUGAAUAUCUGUUUGGGUAUGAUAAUAGUAGACCGGAGAAGUGUUACAAGAUCUUAGGGUUUAGCUAUGGUUACAGCAGUGACAUAGACGGUAGUAACACCAAAAUUAACCCGAGAGUUUCAAUCUACGAGUUUGAAACUAAUGCGUGGAAGGAUCUUAAGUUUGGUUUACUUGAUUGGCACUUAAGGUCUCCCCGGACUGUUUUAUCGUUGAAUGGAACUUUGUAUUGGAUUGCUAUGAGAUGUGAGAGUGGUGGUGAUUGUUUUAUCCAAAGCUUUGACUUUUCGAGGGAGAGAUUCGAGCCCUUUUGUCUCUUGCCGUGUAAGAACGAUUUUGGCGAUACUCAAAUCCUUGAGGUGUUUAGGGGAGAUCGGUUUACUCUGUUGGAACAAUGCGUGACAACAAAGAAGAUCAAGAUUUGGGUGACUAAGGACAGGAUUAGUGGAGAUAGGAAGGAGAUUGUCUCGUGGAGACUGUUAAUGACUGUGUCGAUACCAAACUUCCCGAGAUUACAAGACCAUAUUUACUCUAAGUCGCAGCCAAGUUACUUCAUGGAUAACAAUGAUGACAAGAGGCUCAUUGUGUGUACUUGUGAUGAAAGUGGAAAGCCUUGCAUCUACAUUGUGAAAGGAGAUAGGUUCAAGAAGAUACAAAUGGGUUUUGAGGUUGAUCCUUGGCCUUUUCACCUUGUCUAUGUUCCUAGUUUGGUUCCUAUUCCUUUAGCUCAAGAGGAACAAAAAUGACAAGUUUAUCUUUUAUUACAUUUUGACGACGUAUUGUUUGGGUUAUUGCAAACUAAAUUGAUUAAUAGUUCAUUGUUUUAUGGAUCAUAUAUUAACAAAUAAAAGUUCUAUUUUUUUUUAAUGGUUUGUUUGUUCAGUGAGGCUUUGUAAAUUUUCACACUGAAAUAAAGUGUAUAUUAUGAC